AUUGAAUUGGUGUGCCGAUUGAGACAAUAUUUGUUUAAUACAGUUUUCACAUUUCUUGAACAUAUAUACGUACUGUAUAAUAAUGACAAAACCUCGUCCAUGUGGCUGCAAAGGUUGCAGAACCUGUCUUAUCUGUGAAACACAGUACGGCGCCGAUAAACACAAACUUCAGCUGGACUUCGACAAAUCCAAAGGAUAUGUUUACUGCCCAUAUUGUGACAAAGCCUGGAAGGGUUGGACGAUGGAUAGUUAUAAAGAACAUCCUAACCAUCAAGGUGAAGCUAUUGAUUAUCCCGGUGUGUAUAUAGAGCUGGAUUUUAUCACCGAAGAAGAAGAAUUAAGUUUUUUAAAGCAAAUUGAUGAAAUUCCAUGGGAUAUUUCUCAGAGCGGUCGUCGUAAGCAGAAUUUCGGUCCUAAAACUAAUUUCAAAAAGAAAAAAGUAGUAACUGGCAAAUUUGAUGGCUUUCCCGCGUUUUCGAAAUUCAUACAAGACAGAUUUCAAAACGUAGACAUUCUUAAAAGCUAUGAAACUAUCGAACAAUGUUCAUUAGAGUAUGACCCAAGUAAGGGCGCAUCUAUAGACCCUCAUAUUGAUGAUUGCUGGAUUUGGGGCGAGCGGAUAGUGACAGUCAAUUGUUUAUCAGACUCUGUACUCACCAUGACUCCCUACGAAGGAGAUACAAAGAAAUACAACUUAGAUUGUGCAGACUAUUAUAGCUCUGUAUUAAAUACAUAUAACAAUAUUAUCGUAGAUAACAUAGAGACAAAUAGUGCUUUAGAAGCAUGUCGACCAAAACAGAAAAUUGAUGCUAUAUUAAGGAUACCAAUGCCAAGACGAUCACUCUUAGUUAUCUAUGGGGAACCUCGCUACCACUGGGAACACUGUGUUUUACGGGAAGACAUCAUAUCAAGAAGAGUAUGCAUAGCAUAUAGAGAGUUUACUCCACCAUACUUAAAAAAUGGAGUUCAUGAAGGCAUAGGUGACGAGAUAAGGGAAAGAGGUAAACAGUUUUGGGAUCAUAUAAGUAAGUAUGAUCUAAAAACACAUGUCUCUGACUCAAGUCAUAUGGUUAGUCAGAUUUUGGAUUUGCCACAUCAUUUUGUGUGAUAUUUAAGACUUGUUGUGUCUGCAACUCGCCGUCUAGGUCCUUACCCAUGCACACUCUGCAUAGAGCUGUCUGUAAAUUGCAAAAGUAUUUAUUAUAUAGACCUUCUGAAUCCAGUUACCGGUCCCCUUGGAUAGCAGCAUGGGACAUGGGAUAUUAUAUACAGUAGGCACUGGAAUGUGGCUUUGUUAUGGUACCAUAGUUUUCGGGAUCUGUCAGUAUAAAUGGGUUCAUCACGACACUGUGUGGUUGGCACGAAAACUGAUGUAUUUGUUUAAAAAAGCAAGUGAUGUGAAUACUAGAGUCUGCAGAAACCCGCACAGACUUCUACUUGACAAUAUUCCUAUAACUGCUAAAUACAGUAAAAGUUGUUUAAAAGUAUGUGUUGAACUAUAUAAUAAAAUACCACUUGAGAUUAAACUAUUACACUUAAGUUUAUUUUGAAUGAAGUUGUAC